AUGUAUCGAAUUCUCAUUUCUAUCUAUCUAUCUAUCUAUCUAUCUAUCUAUCUAUCUAUCUAUCUCUUUCGGUCUGUUCGUAUCUAUCUAUCUAUCUAUCUAUCUUCAUAUCUAUCUAUCACAUUUAUUUCAUAUCUAUCUAUCUAUCUAUCUAUCUAUCUAUUUGUCUAUCUUCGUAACUAUAUUCAUCUAUCUCUGUCCAUAACUAUCUAUGUAAUUCACUUCAUAUCUAUCUAUCUAUCUAUCUAUCUAUCUAUCUAUCUAUCUAUCUAUCUAUCUAAUUCUCUUCAUAACUACCUAUCAAUUUUUGUUUCUAUCUAUCUAUCUAUCUAUCUAUCUAUCUAUCUAUCUAUCUAUCUCAGUCUCUGCAUUAGCUCUCUCUCUCUCUCUCUCUCUUCUAUCCCUAUCUAUCUAUCUAUCUAUCUAUCUAUCUGGACCUUUUCAUCUAUUUAUCUUUCUGUCUAUCUAUCUAUCUAUCUGGACCUUUUCAUCUAUCUAUCUAUCUAUCUAUCUAUCUAUCUAUCUAUCUAUCUGGACCUUUUCAUCUAUUUAUCUUUCUGUCUAUCUAUCUAUCUAUCUGGACCUUUUCAUCUAUCUAUCUAUCUAUCUAUCUAUCUGGACCUUUUCAUCUAUCUAUCUAUCUAUCUAUCUAUCUAUCUAUCUAUCUAUCUGGACCUUUUCAUCUAUCUAUCUAUCUAUCUGGACCUUUUCAUCUAUUCUUUAUCUUUCUCUUCUAUCUAUCUAUCUAUCUGGACCUUUUUUUUCAUCUAUCUAUCUAUCUAUCUAUCUGGACCUUUUCAUCUAUUUAUCUUCUUUCUAUCUAUCUAUCUAUCUAUCUGGACCUUUUCAUCUAUUUAUCUAUUCUAUCUAUCUAUUCUAUCUAUCUAUCUUUUCAUCUAUCUAUCUAUCUAUCUAUCUAUCUAUGCUUGCAUAUAUAUACUAUCUAUCUAUCUAUCUAUCUAUCUAAUUCACGCUUUCAAUAUCUAUCUAUCUAUCUAUCUAUCGCUUUCAAUAUCUAUCUAUCUAUCUAUCUAUCUAUCUUCAAUAUCUAUCUAUCGCUUUCAAUAUCUAUCUAUCUAUCUAUCUAUCUAUCUAUCUAUCUAUCUAUCUCAUAGAGUUCUAUUCUCUCUAAGUCAAUUCGUAUCUAUCUAUCUAUCUGUUGUGGUAGGAUCCACCUAA